UCCAACAUGGCGGGCGAUUCGGUGUCAACGAGAGGAAAGACGGUAGUUUUGUCUUCCCUCCCGCUGCAAAUCUUGCUUUAUCUCAAUGGUUGGUACUUUGCCUUAUUUUGGAUCGUUGAACUUCUUCUCUUCGGUUACAAAGUCCUUAUUCUGCCCUACCCUGGAGCCAAUUUUAUAGCAGAAAUCAUAAUCCUCAUACUUAUGCUGGGGAUUGAGUAUGUUCGCAUAUUUCUUGCCAAGAAGGGUAACCUGACGGAGAAGAUUGUUCAUCUGGGGGUGUCCCUCGCUAUCAGUUUAGCGACGCUCUUCUUCAGUCUCUACCUCUUGUUAUGGCAGACAUACAUCUUAAGAAUAGAGAUCAUCGUUGUUGCUGUUGUCUUGGUCUUUCUCUUUCUUGAAGCUGUGUUUGGCCUCAUUGCUAUCAUCACAUUCGCAAGGGCAGAGUCGUUUCGAUGAUCACUUGAUGUUUGUCAAGCUAACCUGCUCUCAAGAUGGGAAUGCUUCAAGUAUUGGUAAUCACCUCCAGCCGGCACAAGUCCAUACAAACUCAACGGUAGAUUUUGCUAUUUUAUGUACUCGACCAGUACUGCAAAGCUAACAUCAGUUUCUUCAAGAGUUCACAGGUUUGGGUAUUGAGUUACCAUUAUUGCAUUCAGGGCUCCAGUUUUGCACUGGACCACUGGCCUGAGGCCAGUGAUUUGAGUGUCAGGCCAGUAAACUCAAGACAGGACAGUGGUCUUUUUUUUUCCAAUUCAACAUCUUUGUCUCAAAAGAAUGAUGUUCAUAUUUUGAGUAGUUUGAGUCUCACAAAUAUCUUGCAAUUCUGCUGAGUAUCGCCCAUUAACAGAAAAGAAAAAUUUUCUCUUAGUGUGUCUAAUGAAACAGUUGAAAUGAAAAAGUAGUACAACUGUAUUCGCAUUUUGAUUCUAGUCUAUUUUCAUUUUCGAUGCUGGUCUUGUAAAUAAAAUCCCAGUCAAGUAAAAACUCUGGGCUGUAAACCGGACUAACGGAUUUCCCCCCCCCC